UGAGAACAAUGACAUAGUUGAACAUACUAACCACGAUGUAAAUAUCGUAACUAGUGGGGGAUCUGUUACAGUCGAUAAUGCUGCCACACUUGAGAACCGCAGCACAACGGAAAUAGAUCCACAAGAAUGUAAUAAUAAAAUACAAGCAUCUAACAACAGUUUGGAUGGGGUUCACCUAAUCAGCCCUACAUCAGAAACUUCAUCGAAGAUCUCCAACAACAUCGACAUGAGUAUGGAAGAAUGUCAUGAAAGUAUCAAAGAAAAGAAAAUUUUACAGGAAACGACAUUGGAAAGCUUGAACAACAUGGACCCACCAACUACUGAACGGAGCAAUGAAGUAGUCCAAAUAAAGAAGGAACUCCAGGUAAGCGAUGACAGCAAAAGAGACGACGCAAACUGUGUUAGAGGUCCCUCACUAUCCGAAGAAAAGAAAGAUACUGAUCUUAAACAGGUCAGCCAAGAGGUUAAUACAUUGACACAUGAUGCUCAAGUAACUAACCAAACUUCAAUGAAACAAAUUGCAAACAUUGACGAUGUUACCCGACAUGAUACGCACGAGGCGGUCGGUACACCAGAGGUAGAAUAUCGUGUAAAAAGAGAUACGAUUCUCAUAUCAGACACAAGCCAUUUGGAUGAUGGACAAAAUGAAAAGGAAUGUCUGAUACAAAUCGACAGCUAGCAACGUGUACGAGUAUGGACGAGGGCGGACACAAUACACAAUCACAGAUUACUAACGUUGCUGAAACAGAUGACAAUAAAGAUAUGACCGGAAAUAAAAAAGCAUCGGACGUGAUGAAGGACAAAUUAGAACAUCAAAAUAAAAACGAUGGCAAUGUUGCGAAUGGUAGCGUCAGGAAAGAAGAAGGAGCAUCAGACGAUAUUGGCAACAAUCCAACUGAAGCUUCUAUUGGCAAUCAAAAUUUAAUAACUGGUAGAAAUAAACAUGGUCUCCAAGAAAGAUUUUCUGAUCAAGUGUUUGCAGAAACGCAUUUACGCUCUUUUUGGAAAGAGCACAAACUGAAUAACGAUAUCCCUCUAGGAAUCGAAGUUUGUAACCAAGUGGAUGACAAGCCGCUGCAACACAAUGAACCGGAAAUAGCGGAAAAGAUUUCGUACGAUAUCCCUCUAGGAAUCGAUGCUUGUAGCCAAGUGGAUGACAAGCCGCUGCAACAAAAGGAGUUGGAACAAAAUGAGCCGACAAUAGUGGGAAAGGUUUCGUACAAUAUCCCUCUAGGAAUCGAAGUUUGUAACCAAGUGGAUGACAUGCCGCUGCAACAAAACAAGUUGCAACACAAUGAGCCGAAAAUAGCGAAAAAGGUUUCGGACGACAUCCCUCUAGGAAUCGAUAUUUGUGACCAAGUGUAUGACAAGCCUCUGCAACAAAACGAGCUGCAACACAAUGAGCCGGAAAUAGCGGAAAAGCCUUCGAAUGCUAACGCCGUUUUGGAUCGCCAUGAGGCCUUUUCAAAUUUACCUACCGAUGAUGAGCAUAAAACCGAGGGCAGUAAAGAGGAACCAGAUGAUUACACAAAAGAAUCAUUAAAAUCCGAUUCACAUAUUAGCGAAGAUCUUACGAAUUCAGUUAAAUUUAAAAACCUGAAUCAAGAAAGAAUUCCCAGAUAUUUUAAUGGGGUCCCGCCGGUGUCAUCAAAGGAAACUUUACUACCGAAACGUAAACUCCAUAAGGAAGGUACUGCUUUUACAAUACCAUUCCAUAAUAAGAAGAAAAACAUACGAACAAAAAAAUUAAUUGACAAUAAUGACUCUGACACUCAUGAAGGUGUACAAAAUACAGAAGAGAUUGAUUUCCUGUUGGAAGCGGAAUCUCCAACCAAGUUAUUUGACGAACUCUUUCAAUUUGAAAACGAUAUUGAAGAUUUCGACCGAGAUAUAUCGCAGACAAUCGAUGACAUUAUUCGUCUGAAAUCGGAAAACUAUACAGAGGAAACAAGUUGCAAUACGGAUACUUUGGAUUCUUCUCUACAUAAACCGGAUACAGUUUUACAUACAAUUAUCGAAAUAACUGAACCCGAAUCUUUGAGACAUGAGGAAUGCAUAUUUAUUGCAGAACCCUUGGAAGAAAUAUCUAUAGUCAUCGAUCAUUCAGAGUGCAAUUCAAAAGUAUCUGAUACUAAAUUAUCUCAAUACGACGAGUUAAUAAACUCAGCUCCAACUCCUCCAAACGAUACACCACACAAUAGCGAUGACGAAACACAGAAGGCAUUGGAAACCAUAAAAUAUAAUACAGAAAAUAAAAAUAGUCCGGACAUCGCAGCUAGUAUUAUACAAAGAGCAUUUAAAACAUUUUUAAAUGUUCGACAGAAUACUAAAAACACAAAAUCUACCGAGGCGAACUUAUCUGGAUUUGGGCACCAAGAUUCUGCCAAAAUAGUUGAAAAAUCACCUGAAAUUUGCAACACUUAAAUAUAAUUGGAGAGAAAGAGAAAAUAAUGAACUUGGGAAAAAAUGUUGGGCUAUCCUCUACUCAGCCGGAAAGCUUUUGUGAUGAUACAUUUAAGCAGGCUGAAGAAGAAGUUGCUGCUAAAACAAUACAAAAGGCUUUCCGAAAAUUCAUGGAGAGCAAAGGGACUCAGCAUAUCAACAAGCCUCAAAUUUAUUUAGAUCAUUCCAAAGUUAUUGAGGAAAUGGAGACCAGAGAUUCUACUGGGCCCGAAAGCUGCAUUGAUAAUUCACAUAAGCAAAGUGAAGAAGAAGCUGCUAAAACUAUACAAAUUGCAUUCCGAAAAUUUAUGAAGGGCAAAAGAACGGAACAUAUCAACAUGCCUUCUACAGAACAUUUAGAUCUUUUAAAAGACAAGGAGGAAAUCGAGACCAGAUAUGCUACUAGUCACGACAUCUGUAGUCAUGAUUCUCUUAAGCUAACUGAAGAAGGAGCUGCUAAAAUUAUACAAAAGGUAUUCCGAAAAUUCAUAAAAAACCAACGGACACAACAUAUCACCAAGCGUUCUAUGGAACAUUCAGAUCAAUUAAAAAGUAAAGAGGAAGUACAGACCAAAGAUUAUACAGGGCCCGAAACAUGUACUGAUGAUUCACCUAAGAAAACUAAAGAAGAAGCUGCUAAAACUAUGGAACAUUUAGAUCAUUCUAAUGUCAAGGAGGAAAUAGAGGCCAGAGAUUCCACUGUGCCAGGACGCUGUAGAGAUGAUUCACAGAAGCAAACCGCAGAGGAAGCUGCUAAAACUAUACAAAAGGCAUUCCGGAAUUUCAUGAAGAGCAAACGGACACAACAUAUCACCAAGCAUCGAAUUGAUUUAGAUCAUUCCAAAGAUAUGGAGGAAAUGGAGACCAGAGAUUCUACUGGGCCCGAAAGCUGCAUUGAUAAUUCACAUAAGCAAACUGAAGAAGAAGCCGCUAAAACUAUACAAAUUGCAUUCCGAAAAUUCAUGAAGGGCAAGAGAACGGAACAUAUUAACAUGCCUUCUACAGAACAUUUAGAUCUUUUAAAAGACAAGGAGGAAAUAGAGACCAAAUAUCCUACUGGUCUCGAAAUCUGUAGUCAUGAUUCUCUUAAGCAAACUGAAGAAGCAGCUGCUAAAAUUAUACAAAAGGUAUUCCGAAAAUUCAUAAAGAACAAACGGACACAAUAUAUCACCAAGCGUUCUAUGGAACAUUUAGAUCACUCAAAAGGUAAAGAGGAAGUACAGGCCAAAGAUUACACUGGGCCCGAAAUACGUACUGAUAAUUCACCUAAGCAAACUGAAGAAGAAGCUGCUAGAAUUAUACAAAAAUUAUUCCAAAAGUACAUGAAGAGCAAAAAGACGCAACAUACCACCAAGUCUCAAAUUGAGUGUAUAGAUCAUUCUAAAGUUAAGGAGGAAAUGGAGACCGGAGAUUCCACUGAGCCAGAAAGCUUUUGUGAUGAUUCGUUUAAACAAAUUGAAGACGAAGCAUCUAAAACAAUAAAACAUUUAGAUCAUUCAAAACUUAAGGAGGAAAUAGAGGCUAGUGAUUCGACUGAGCCAGAAAGCCAUGAUUUACAUAAGCAAAUUGAAAAAGAAGCCGCUAGAACUAUACAAAAAGCAUUUCGAAAAUUCAUAAAGAGUAAAAGGACAGAACAUAUCGACAUGCCUCCUACAGAACAUGUAGAUCAUUUAAAAAGUAAUGAGGGAUUAGGGAACAGAGAUUCUAAUCAGCCAGGAAGCUUUUGUGAUGAUUCACUUAAGCAAAUUGAAGAUGAAGCUUCUAAAACUACAGAACAUUUAGAUGAUUCGAAAGGUAAGAAGGAAAUAGAGACCAGACGUCCUACUGGUCACGAAAUCUGUAGUGAUGAUUCUAUAAAGCGAGUUGAAGACGAAGCUGCUAAAACUAUAGAACAUUUAGAUCAUUCAAAAAUUAUGGAAGAAAUAGAGGCCAGAGAUUCUACUGGGCCACAAAUCUGGAAUGAUGAUUCAUAUAAGGAAACUGCAGAAGAAGCUGCUAAAACUAUACAAAAGACAUUCCGAAAAUUCAUGAAGAGCAAAAGGACAGAACUCAUGAACAUGCCUCCUACAGAACAUUUAGAUCAUUUAAAAGUUAAGGAGGAAAUAAAUACCGGAGAUUCCAAUCAGCCAGAUAGCUUUAGUGAUGAUUCACUUAAACAAAUUGGAGACGAAGCAUCUAAAACUAUAGAACGUUUAGAUCAUUCACAAAUUGAGGACACAAUAGAGGCCAGAGAUUCGACAGAGCCAGAAAGCUAUAGCGAUGAAUUACAUAAGCAAACUGCUGAAGAAGCUGCUAAAACUAUACAAAAGACAUUCCGAAAAUUCAUGAAGAGCAAAAGGACAGAACUUAUAAACAUGCCUCCUACAGAACAUACAAAUCAUAUAAAAGUUAAGGAGGAAAUAGAGAUCGGAGAUUCCAAUCAGCCAGCUAGCUUUUGCGAUGAUUCAGUGAAACAAAUUGGAGACGAAACAUCUAAAACUAUAGAACGUUUAGAUCAUUCACAAAUUGAGGACACAAUAGAGGCCAGAGAUUCGACAGAGUCAGAAAGCUAUAGCGAUGAAUUACAUAAGCAAACUGCUGAAGAAGCUGCGAAAACUAUUCAAAAGGCAUUCCGAAAAUUCAGGAGUAAAGGGACAAACUAUGUUACCGAGUGGCCUUUAUCUGAGAUUUCAGAAACAACUUCUACUAGGAAAUCGAAUUGGUAUGUUGGCGAUGAACUUAUUCAGGCAAUGACUCCUUCAGAAAUUUCUUUCGAAGAGACCGAGGCUUACAUAGAGCUUAUCCCAAAUCCACCGUAUGUAGUUGGCAACGCAAUUAGUAGUAGUUUGGAACUGAAAAAUGCUAUUGAUACUAACGCAAUAUCUGCAGCACCAAUUUCUUACUAUAACGACAAUACGAUCCUGACUAACUCACAAGAGUCUAAUCCGAUUUCUAAAGAAAAUAUUUCAGACCAAACCCUUUUAGAGCCUUUAAUGAAAACGACCUCAGACAAAGUGGGUGGGGAUGGACAUUCCCCAAUGGAGGAUCCAGAAUGUGAUAAAAAAUGCUAUG